CGGAGCUCCGCGGCCGCUCCGCCGAGCCCAGCGGAGCCGGGCCGGGCCGGGCCGGCCAGCGCAGCACGGUGCGGUCCGGAGGUGCCGGGCCCCCCCCCGCCCCGCCCCAGCUCGGGUACCACAAGCGGGGCCGAGCAUCUUCUCCUGCAUCCCUGAGCACGUGACGUGCCGGGCUCCCGUCCAUCCGCGGGGAGAGGCCGUGCGCGGGCCUGGCCACCGCUGACCUCUGGGCUCUGACCUCUCACGGCUUCGGGAUCCGUUCUCCAGGGAGUUCAGCUCAUCCAGGCCCGCUCGGCCUGUCCUGCCCGGCUGCUCGCACCUAUGGAGAUGCUUCACGCACUGUCAACAAGCAGCACGUGUGGGCCCUUCCCAGCACGGAGCACGCAGCAGUAGCACCGCUGGAUGAGCUCUCAGAAGUCCUGGUGUGGCUUUUUAAAGCGAGGCCAGGCUGCCUGCUGCGAUUUUAGGGCCCUGCUCCCUCUCCUGAGCCGUGCCAGCAGCUCGUGGAUCCCGAGAGCCGUCCCCUGGGAUGUUCUCCCUUGAGCUCCAAGCGGCAGCCACCGACCUGGGCAGACCCAGCGGGGAUUAUUCCGGAGCUGUUGGGAAGGAGCUCCCGUUGGUGGAGCUCUCCUGGGGCAGAUGAGUGAGCCGGUGAUGAACGGGAGGGUGCCCCUGCCCGAGAAAGCCUUGUCCGAGGGCUACGCCCGCCUGAGGUACAGGGACACCUCCCUGCUCAUCUGGCAGCAGCAGCAGCAGAAACUGGAGUCAGCUCCCCCCAACACCUACCUGAGCCGCAGCAGGAGCAUGUGGUACUCGCAGUACGGCAACGAAGCCAUCCUGGUGCGGGACAAAAACAAGCUGGAUGUCUCCAGGGACACGGGGCAGUCCAAGUUUUGUGCUAUUAUGUAAUUCCCCGCAGGAACCCACACGUGGAGAGGAAGCAGAGCUGGGGGAGGUGGGUGUGCACCACCCUCUCACAGCCCCGCACAGGAAGCGGCGUUCCGGGAAGGCUGAAGUUGGAUUGUUUCUGCUGGAUUUUGCUGUUUAUAGACUCCCAUUCUGCAUGGCGCUGAGUGUGUACAACAAACCCGGUCUGGCUGGGGAGCUCUCGAGCCUGUUGCUGCCCAGCAUCUUGGCAGGGGCCGUGCUGGACCAUGUGUUGUACUUAAGAGGCUCGUGUGCCCUGAGAAACACCCGCUGGCACUUGGGCACCGUCCCCAGCCACCCUUACUGGCCAGUCCUGGUGCAUUUCCAGAGCUCUGGGAAUGCUGGUGGGACAGAGGCGAGCACAGAUCUAUUCCCAUCAAGGCUGUGGUUUUAAGAAGUUGAUCUCCAAAACCAUCUGGCCAUUACUUGUUCUGUUUGCCCUGUCUGUCUUUAAUUCCUGCCCUGAAGUGGUCUCUUCCAGCCAGGGAAUGGAGUGGUUUAUUGUGGGAACAGGGAGAAAAUGGGUUGAGAAUUUAAUCCGAGCCUUCAAAACACCUGGUAGGAAAAGUGUGCUGGAGUUUCAUGCAAAGCCAAGGCCCUCUCUGAUCCCGUGGUGUGGGAUCAUGGAAACAACAGGAGCUCUGGAGUCAGGGGAGCUGACUCCUUUCAGGAACAGAUCCCCCAGUGAACCACCCGAAAGGGAGGGACAGGCCCAGGAAAGCAACAGCAAGAAACCCCUGCAAAUACACAGAGGUCCUAAGGGACACGAGGAAGCUCCUGCACAGCACAGAGCCACUCCUGGGACGGGGAGCAGAAGGAAAGAGGCCACUGGAGUUUGCUUUGCAUUCAAGUUUUAACGCAUGCAGUAGCUUGGAAGGGUUUAACUUCUAGUUCAGGUUGGAUUGUAGGUUUGGUGCAUGUACUUUAAAAGUUGUGUCUGGGAUUGUUAGGAUUAACUGGAGGAUUUUAGGAGGGAGAAGCACUGCCCUGCUUGGGCACAGAGGCUGCUGCUUUCAGGUUUAAGUUUGUGCUGAAUCCUGACUUGCUCAAGGCAAGAUCACGCUGAGAAACUCAGCCCAGCAAACACCUGAAUCUUUUGUUAAAAACAAAACUACCACUUCCAGGGGUGUGAAUUAUGUACCCAGGGUUCAGCAUGAAAGUUCUUCUUCAGGGUUCUGCCCUUUCUGUCCUGCCUAGGCUGUGUGUGCCACCCAGCAGUGCCUGGGCACAGGCUUAGCUCCAGGAAAAUCAGCAUUUGAUGUCAGCUUCAGGAUGGAUUAUUUACCUGCCUAUUAUUAGGCACAGUCAUUACUUCUGUUCUAUUUAUCUAAAACCUCCUUUGCAUUUUUUCAAGCACUUUAUUUUAUUUUUUUUUUUUUUAAUACGGUGAAGAAUCUCUCCCACCUCUCCCGCGUGGGUGAAAUGCUACAACAAACACACAGACACUCAACCUUGCUGAACUCAAUGUACUGAGCAGAACACACCUGUUCUAGAGUGAAAUCAUAGAGGUUUGGUGUACUCAGCCCUGCUCCAUAGCACUGCAAACAAUAGGCAGCUUGUUGUUUUUUUAAAAGCACUAUUUCUGCAUGCGUUGGUGUUUGAUACCUUGUGUGUGUGCUCGUAGAUUUAAACCUGCUGGACCUCGCUGCUUUGCUCUGCACACAAAUAACCCUCUUGGUUUUGUCAGGACUAGCUCUGGAGGAGAAACAACUCAGUGAAUAAAUGUUUUUCAACCGAGUGCAAGCGUUCAAUGAGAUUCACAAACCCAGCGAGGCUCGGCAAGGUGCCGGGGGAGCAGUGCCAGGGAUGUGACCCACCUGGGCCUCCAGCUCCUGGCUCAGUGAACAGGAGAUUAUUUACUCAAACAGGCAGGAGGCUGGGCCCAGAGCUCCCCUGGGAACUGCAGGUGGAUUCACCUGGAGAAGCAGGGAGAGGUGGGUUCCAGGCCAGCCCUGGGGAGCACGUGAACUCUGGGAGUUUAAGGAACAGCACAUCCCCCAAACCAGCUGUUCAUUUUCUUUUCUUAUAGAAAAAGAAAUCCAACACUUAUUUUCUUUUUAAUUUCAGUAAGGAAGAUGCUUAUUUUGGGUAUAAUCAGUCUCUUUUUGUUAAUGUGGCUGGUAAACCAAAAUUCAGUUAUUUUGCAGAGUGCUAAUUGGACUGUACAAGACUAAACCCGUAAGAAUGUGCAUAAAUUCUUCCAGGAUGGAGGCUGGAUGUGACAGUGCAGGAAGAAGAGGAUGAGUUGUCCUUCCAUCUCUGUGAAUGUGACUGUAGUUUUCCAUUUCUGUGUGUCACUGGUCACAGCAGGGUUGUGGAGUGGCUGCUGUGGCUGUUCUGUGAGCCAGUUGUGUGGUGGUGAUGCACUUAUUUCAAACACUGUUGUAGCCUCUUUGAUAAAGUGCAUUAAAAUGAUUUGAAUGCA